AGCGAUUGGUUCACUUCAAAUUCACUGCACAAGACCAUGAAGGUGCUGCUGAUUAAUGAGGGCUCGCUGAGCGACUUCGAGGUGCUCUCGCUCAUGCAGGAGCGCAAGGAGCAGCGGCUACACAAGUCGGCGAUGGUGGCAUACGCUGAGCGCAACUGGAUGGACCACAAGGUGCUCAAGUUCCUCACCCAGAGCCACUCGCACUGCUCCACAUUGAGCUCCAGUAGCAUCCAAGACUUCCUCAAGGAGCUGGAGCAGGCAGAUUUGCCGGCGCUCACGUCGGCCGAGAAGCUUCAGUUCAUUAACCACCUCCCCACGGAGCUUGUGGACAUCCAUCUGAUCAUCGAAGACUGCGCUGGGCGAUUCUCAGAGACCCAAGUGGACGAACUUAUCCGCAUCGUCGAGCGCACACUAGCGGCUGAGCUAUUAGAGCGACGGAAUGCGGAUGCUCAGGCUGAAGACACAGCCGAGGCCGAAGCCGAAGAGUAGAUAGUGGCAAGUAGUGCUAAACGUAAAAUAUAGACGGGUGUAAGGUCUUCUUCCACCAUUGAGAAGAAACCCAAGAGGACAUUUGGCUCGCCUACGA